UGUUGGUGAUGAAUGACAUGAACGAGAAGCACGCUGCUGGAAAUAUGGUCUCCCACGACGAGCGAACCCCACUCAUUCAAGUCGUUGCGGUGCGACCCCAUCGUGAUCGAUAUGGAAACCACACUUUCAUGGUCUCGUUGGGGACGGAUAAGAGCAAAGACGGCUUACUGAUUCAACACAGCNUUCGCCGCUUCUGUACCAUAGCUUUGGUCGUCCUACCGCUUACCACAGUUGCGCUCGCCCUUCUAUCCUUUGCUUUCGGACAGAGCGAUCUGUUCGGAGAUGACAAGCUGGAUCAUCUUGUGCCAUUCAAUAGCUUAUCUGGGCCCACAAACCCACCACACGCGCAGUGGCCCGCUGGAGAUGGUCUGAGCUAUGCAGACCUUAAGAACAUCCUUNUUGAUACACCCGAUCCGGCCAAGGCAAAGGAGUGGUCCCAAUUCUACACUGCUGGACCUCAUCUCGCUGGACAGAAUAUGAGUCAAGCCGUAUGGACGAGGGACAGAUGGGAAGAGUUUGGUGUCAAGAGCGAGGUCGUACCAUACGAAGUCUACAUCAACUACCCUCUUGAUCACAGACUCGCUCUGUUGAAGGACGGAGAAGUUUCAUUUGAGGCGACUCUUGAGGAAGAUGUUCUAGAGGAGGACCCCACGUCAGGUCUCAAAGAUCGCGUGCCUACCUUCCAUGGCUACUCUGCUAGCGGAAACGUCACUGCACAGUACGUCUACUGUAACUUCGGUACUUAUACCGACUUCGAGAAUCUGCUUGCUGCAGGCAUCGAGUUGGAGGGCAAGAUAGCCCUUGUCAGGUAUGGUGGUAUCUUCCGAGGCCUCAAGGUCAAAAGAGCUCAAGAGCUCGGUAUGGUGGGAACGAUCAUCUAUACUGAUCCUGGCGAUGAUGGACUCAUCACCGAAGUCAAUGGUUACAAGCCUUACCCGGAAGGACCUGCCAGAAAUCCAAGUUCAGUACAGAGAGGCAGUGUCNAAUUCCCCGGUGAUCCUACCACUCCUGGUUACGCCUCGAAACCUGGUGUGCCCCGUAAACCUGCAAAUGCAUCUACACCCUCAAUCCCAUCGUUGCCCAUCUCGUACGCUGAGGCCAUUCCUCUGCUCCAGGCUCUGAACGGCCACGGACCGAACGCUUCAUCCUUCCCUGAUCGUUGGCACAAAGGCGGUCUUGAGUACAAGAAUGUUUCUUAUAACAUCGGUCCCUCUCCACCAUCUGUCACCAUCAACAUGAUGAACCUGCAAAACUACACGAUUACACCAAUCUGGAACACUAUUGGUAUCAUCAACGGAUCUCUUUCAGACGAAGUUAUCGUUCUCGGCAACCACAGAGACGCUUGGAUCGCUGGCGGCGCUGGAGACCCCAACUCCGGAUCUGCAGCUCUCAACGAAGUCAUUCGCUCAUUCGGUAUUGCCUUGUCCAAGGGCUGGAAGCCACAGAGAACCAUUGUAUUCGCUAGCUGGGAUGGUGAAGAAUAUGGUCUUGUUGGUUCGACUGAGUGGGUUGAAGAUUACUUGCCAUGGCUCAAGGAUUCCGCUGUUGCAUACCUCAACGUCGAUGUUGGCACUCGUGGCACUAAGUUCAACGCCAAUUCUGCACCUCUGCUUAACCAAGCCAUCUACGAAGUCACCAAGUCCAUCAAGUCGCCGAAUCAAACUAUUGAAGGAUCAACUGUGUAUGACUUGUGGGACAAGCAUAUCGGAACUAUGGGCUCGGGAUCCGACUUCACCGCCUUCCAGGACUUUGCUGGUAUUCCUAGUGCUGAUUUCGGAUUUGGAAAAACUGGCCCCUUAGACCCUAUCUAUCACUACCACAGCAACUACGACAGCUAUGCCUGGAUGAUCAAAUACGGCGACCCGACCUUCCAGUACCAUGUCACUGCGGCCAAGGUUUGGUCUCUUCUUGCUGCAUCGCUGAGCGAAAGUCCAGUCGUUCCAUUCAAUGCUAGCGACUACGCUUCCAGCCUCGAAAGAUACCUCGAUAGCGUCAAGCACAUGGCUAACUCGUCUGGUAUGGCUUUCCGGGACAAGGAGGAGAAGGACGUGUCCAUGUUCGUGGACCUCGAUUUGGCCAUUGAUUAUCUCCAACGUGCGGCACACAGCUUUGACGCACGUGCAGCUAGUCUAGCUGCUCAAGCUACUGCAGCUGAGGGCAAGCACAACCCUGCUGCCACCAACAGACUCUACGCCGAAAUUCGAGCAGUCAACACACAAUACAAGAUGCUGGAGCGUGCCUUCCUAUUCCCCAAAGGUCUGGAUGGAAGAAGCUGGUUCAAGCACGUUGUAUUUGCUCCCGGUAAAUGGACUGGCUACGCUGGAGACACAUACCCUGGACUUGUUGAGGCAAUCCAGGCAGGUGAUAAAAAGGCACUGUACAGAUGGGCUGGUAUCAUCGAAGGCGUUGUGUGGAGAGCAGCUGGAGUGUUGAGC